AUGAGUUGAAUGGAGGUUCUCUCAGUGCGUUAUUGAAUAUCUUUAGAAAAGAAAAAGGUUGCAUAAAUGGCCCCUCCUCAGUUUGGUGCCUUGAACGGAGAAAUCGAUGGUGAAAAUCUAUCGUACGUGUUUGAUAUAUGGGCAACCGAUCAAUAUAGCUGUUUUCCUCUUCAACCUAUUUCGGAGAGUAACAGUUGUACCUUAGUUCUCCCCUAUUGUGACGGAAGCAUAAGGGAUAACAAAAGGGUGAAGAGAACGGUGGGAAUCCCCGUUGACUGGUUAGGGAAUUUGAUGAGCAAUUCCCACAGUUUCCUCAACACCAACGCCAACAACUGCAAUAGGAGUAGGGAUAGCAUACCAAAGCUUCAUUUCAGAGAUCACAUACGGACUUACACACAAAGAUAUCUGGCAGCGGAAGCAGAAGAAGAGGCACCAGACGACAUAAAUAGUUCAGAAAGUGAUGGAGCUGAAGAAGACGGUUGUCAUGACGGUGUGAGGCUGGUUCAACUUCUAAUAGCAUGUGCAGAAGCAGUGGCUUGUCGAGACAAAUCGCACGCUUCAAUAUUACUAUCAGAACUCAAAGCCAACGCUUUAGUAUUCGGAUCUUCGUUCCAAAGAGUUGCCUCUUGUUUUGUUCAAGGCCUAAUUGAGAGGCUGAAUCUGAUUCAGCCCACCGGGCCAGUGAGCCCGAUGCCACCUAUGAUGAACAUUAUGGACACAGCCUCCGAAGAAAUGGAGGAAGCAUUCAGAUUGGUUUACGAGCUGUGUCCACACAUCCAGUUCGGACACUUUGUCACUAAUUCUAUAGUGAUGGAAGCCUUUUCGGGUGAGAGUUUUGUCCAUGUAGUGGAUUUCGGGAUGACUCUCGGUUUACGACACGGACACCAAUGGAGAGAACUGAUGCGGAGCCUCGCCAAUGGCGGCAGCGAACGUCUUCGUCGGCUGCGAAUCACGGCGGUGGGACUCUGCGACAGACUUCAAUCCAUCGGCGACGAACUCUCGGUUUAUGCAACUAAUUUGGGUAUCAAUUUUGAAUUCUCAGUGGUGAAAAAGAAUUUGGAAAGUUUGAAACCGGAGGACAUAGAAGUGAGGGAAGAAGAAGUUCUUGCGGUGAACAGCAUUCUGCAGCUGCACUGCGUGGUGAAGGAAAGCCGAGGGGCUUUGAAUUCAGUGCUGCAGAUGGUUCAUGGGCUUGGGCCGAAAGUGUUGGUGAUGGUGGAGCAGGAUUCGAGUCAUAACGGACCCUUUUUUCUCGGGAGAUUUAUGGAAUCAUUGCACUAUUAUUCUGCCAUAUUCGACUCGUUGGAUGUCAUGUUGCCCAAAUAUGACACUAAGAGAGCGAAGAUGGAGCAGUUUUACUUCGCUGAGGAGAUAAAGAACAUAGUGAGCCGUGAGGGGCCGUUGAGGAUGGAGAGACACGAGAGAGUGGAUCAGUGGCGGAGGAGGAUGAGCAGGGCGGGGUUUCAGGCUGCGCCGAUUAAGAUGGUGUCUCAGGCGAAGCAAUGGCUUCUGAAUGGGAAGGUCUGUGAGGGGUACACGGUGGUGGAAGAGAAAGGGUGUUUGGUUCUUGGAUGGAAAUCCAAGCCUAUUGUGGCGGUUUCUUGCUGGAAAUGCUGAGCUCAAGAAAGUUUGAAGUUUCUUCCUUGUCAAUAAAUAACAGUUUCUAUGGAGCUGUUGUGUCAUUCAAUAAUGUCUUUUCACAUGCAUCUUGUGAAUUAGACACACAAUAAUUUUUCUUUUUCAGUAAUUAUGUGUUCUUGUUGCCCGGGAUCGAACACAUGAAAAUUAAACAACUUCGUGUUGGUCA